GCUCCCAGCUUCACACAGUUCUGCUCUCAGUCCUGCAUAGAGGACACCGAACUGACUGCUGCUACUGAAAGAAAUCUGAAUAAGAUGAAGACUUAACAGACACCCACCAGCCUCGACCGUCCUCGAACUCGCCAACAACGGGUCUGCUUUGCCCAAAUGCACCAUCUACAUUCCGCCCUUGUGUAACAUGGCUGUCCGUGGCCUUUUACUGCACCUGAAUACCUUGGAGCGGAGCUGCUCGUUACCAUGGUGAUCAUUUUCUCAAAAACACUGGAAAAGAAGAAGGGUGUCAAUGAUGUAACGUCCAAGAGCGUCCAGAGGCAACUGAGUGAUUUCCACACCAUGAGCAGAGGGACCACCCUCUUCUCCUGUGGAACUGUGGCAGAUAGAUGGUUUGACCUGGGGCAAAGCUGUGCCAUCCAGCAGGAAACUCCAUGCCAGUCUGAUUCCAGUCUGGAGAGCCUGUGGGAUGUGAUGCCUGAUCCUGGGAGCCAGCUUUGGACCAAAGAACCAGGCAGCACCACUGCUAUCACCAGCCUAAUAAGAGAUCUGACUCUGGGCAGCAGUAGCAUGAUUAGCACCAAUGUGGCAACCACCACUGCACAUUACUCAACCACUGCAACCAGCCAAGCUCCUACAGCGCCCCCAAGCAAACGUCAAUGUCGCUCCUUGUCAUUCACUGAUGAAUUCAGCGGGUGCCGCUCAUCUUGGAGGCCCCAAGGCUCCCGAGUGUGGACGGCAGUGGAGAAACGCAGGUGCUACAGUGGAGGAAGUGUCCGAGCAGGAGGGGCAGGCCAUUUUCCCAUCAUGCAGCGUAGCUCCAGCUUCAGUUUACCUUCGCGCUCUAGUGUCCCUCCAGAUGGAAAUGUGGAUCUGCAAUUCUUCAACCAGCAACUGCCUCUCCACCCUCAAUUCACUGCCUCUCCGGUGUCUCCUACCUCUCCUUCCUCACAUCAUCAUCACCACCACUCCCACAAUCAUGUCUUCCUCAGACCUCUCUCCCUUUCCCAUGAGCAAAUCAGUCUGACGGAGCUCCAGAAGGAGGAAACAUCAGAAACCAGCUCCCCAGACUCCACCCCAGAGCUGGGGAGACGAUCUGAAAGGAGAGGUGGAGGGAAAGGGCGUCUGUCUCGAAGCAAAUCUCAACCUUGUGUGCUGAAUGACAGAAAGAUUGCUAUGAAGCGCAGAAGACCAGAGGAUGCCCAGGAGACGCGUCCCUCCCUGGACUUGGCAAAGAUGACUCAGAAACUUCAGACCUUUCAAAGCCUGAGCUGGCCUGGAUUCUCAACCUCUGACAUCUUCCAGUCAAGCCUGCCCCUGCCCUCUUUUGAGUCUGCAAGCCAAUCAGAGUCAGACUUCACGGCCGUGUCUGAGCUGGGACUAGAGUCACGGGAAAAGGUGAUAGAUGACGAAGAAGAGGACUUCUCCUACGAAGAAGUGGAUAGUGAUUCUGCUUGUAGCGUGGACUCACGGCCUGGGUCGCCUGCGUGCAUUGUGGACACUAAACGCAUCCUCUGGAAGGGUGACUGUGGAACACAGAAGGAUAUUUUCCAGCUUGGGGGAGAGCUGGACCUUGACCAGAUUGAAAGAAACUGAACAUUCUAAAGAGGUUUUUAAAGACUGUGAAAUCUGUUAUAGAAAGUCACAUUUGAUGAACCAGGAAGUGAUUAAUGUGUCCUGCUAGAAAAUCAAUGUUUUGAAAGGGAAAGAUGUUAAAAUGACUGGGAAGGUAUGUCACUAAAUGUUGGCUUCUUAAUGACACAAAUGCCUUGGACAUUCUUUCUGCUUUAACAAUUAAAGCAGCUACCUUAGUUGUUCAUGUUUUUGAAUGAAGCAUUUGCCUUUACUCAGGAGUGG